GUCCCACCCGACUCACACAGAGUCAUGAGUGUGGCGGCGAACUCUUGGUUUAGGGCUUUGCCCUCUCUCUCUCUCUCUCUCUCUCUCUUUUUUUUUUUUUUUUUUCGGAAAAUCUGGUAAGGCUAUUUACCAUCCCAAUUCCCACGAUACCAUCACGUCGCGAGCUCAAUCACUCCUCUCUCUGAGAAAAAGGGGGUUGAGUUACCAUUGAGUGUAUAAUGGAGAGGGUGGUGGUGCCGGAGAGUCGCCGAGGGAGAAAACGGAAGGUAAAUAACGUACAAAAUGCGGAGGAAAGCGUUGGUGGCAGAAAGAAGGUUAUGCAUACAAGGUCAUUCGAAUUGGUUGGAAGAUAUGUGCAGAAAGAGUUCAAGGGUAGUGGGGUUAUUCUAGGAAGGAUUAUGGGUUAUGAUUCAGGCUUGUACAGGAUAAACUACGAGGGUGAUCGUUGUGAGGAUUUGAUCAGCAGCAAAGUCAAGUCACUUCUGGUGGAAGAUUGUGAUUUAACUGAUGAAUGGCCUAAGAGAAAGGAGAUGUUGAAUGAAUUUUUGUCGAGUAAAGAUGUAAACAUGGAUGCUGCAACUGCUACCGACACACGAAAGCUGGGAAAAGCAAAUCCGAUUGAUUCGUUAUCAUUGAGUGGAAUGACCAAUUCUUGUAGUGCUGAUGAUGGAAUUGUCAAAGUUCAGAGUGAUGGCAGUGGUGAGGUUGAUGCUGAUUCUUCUAGUGGUUCUUGUGAGAGUGCUCGAGGGGAGGAGGCUAAACUGGAUAAGGAAGUGCCACUUGUUCCACCACCAGAACUGCCUCCUUCGUCAGGGCAUAUUGGUGUUCCGGAGGAGUGUGUUCCUCAUCUUCUUUCUGUGUAUAGUUUCUUGCGUUCAUUCAGUGUGCGGCUGUUUCUGUACCCUUUUGCGUUGGAUGAUUUUGUGGGGGCACUCAAUUGCUCUGUUGCAAACACAUUGCUGGACUCAGUUCAUGUUGCUCUAAUGUGUUUCCUAAAGCGCCAAUUUGAGAGGAUCCAUUCAGAUGGCUCUGGGCUUGCAUCGAAAGUUCUCAGGUCUCUGGAUUGGAGCUUGCUCGAUACAUUAACUUGGCCAAUUUACUUGGUCCAUUAUCUGAUGGUGUUGGGUCAUAAAAAUGGAGAUGACUGGAAAGAGUUAUAUGCACAUUGUCUGGAGAGAGAUUAUUAUACUUUAUCUGUAGAUAAGAAGUUGAUCACUUUGCAAAUAUUAUGUGACGAUGUUCUGGAUACUGAAGAGCUAAGAGCAGAAAUAGAUAUGCGUGAGGCAUCAGAAGUUGGAAUGGAGAUAGAUAUGAGCACAGUGUUGGGCGCAUGUGAACCUGCAAGAGUUAUUCCUGGAGACUCCGAAACUUCCAACUGCAAGGACAUAGAAGCUGCACAAAGAGCUGAAAAUCAUCAGACAAGAAAUGCUCUUGAUAAUCCCUGUAUGGAGUCUCAAGUUGGUGGAGCAGUUGAGGACGGUAAUGGUGAUGAAUGCCGCCUUUGUGGUAUGGAUGGAGUUUUGGUUUGUUGCGAUGGGUGCCCAUCAGCUUACCAUUCAAGAUGCUUAGGAUUGAACAAGAUGCUUGUGUCCAAUGGUUCAUGGUACUGUCCUGAGUGUAAAGUCAAUGAAAACGACCCUAAAAUUUUGCGAGGGACAACAUUGAGGGGAGGGAGUGUUUUUGGUGUUGAUCCAUACGGACAAGUCUUUGUUGCUUCUUGUGACCAUUUACUUGUAGUGAAGACCUCAGUUAAUUCUGGAACUUGUCCAAGAUACUAUAAUAGACAUCAUAUUCCUGGAGUCCUCAAUGCUCUUUAUGCAAAUCCAGAUUAUACUGCUGUCUAUUCAGAAAUAUGCCGGGGGAUAAUGCAAUAUUGGGAAUUAUCUGCAGAUAUCUUACCAUCCAAUAGGAAAUCUGGAAUUGGCUUAGAAUUAGCAAACAAGGAGGGAAGUGGCUCAUGCAUUGCACAAUUAGUUGAUAUGCUGGACAAAAUCCCCGAGAUGACUGAGGUUCAUAAUCAUGGAACUUGUGCCACUCGUAGUUCCGCUGAAAUGGCUGGUUCAUGGCUUACUAACUGUGUUUUAAGUGACAGUUCUUUUGAUAAUGCGAUGAAGUCCGACUGUCAUGCAGGUUCUGUAAGACAACAGUGUGAAAUCUUGAAAACCACGGUGAGCGAACCUGCUUCAUCUAGUAGUUUAAUGGAACAGCCUGCUAAUCCCUGUGAAUCAAGCCAACGAAGCAACUCAAAUACUACAGAGGCUGUUUCCACAAGAAGCAGCAAUAUUAGUUCUCUAAGUGAUAGUUCUUCCUUAGAAGCCAAGGGAUGUCUUGUUAGCCAGGAACUUGAUAAUAGAGUAGGAAUUACUUGUGGAAGUCCAGCUCGUUGGUGCUUAUACAAGGGUUCUUCCUUCAAUACAACUGGUUACAUAAAUCACUAUUUGCAUGGAGAUUUCUCUGCAUCUGCAGCCGCUAACUUGGCCAUUCUUUCACAUGAAAAAAAUCAAGUUUUGGAGUCCCAACAAGCUGUGUGCAUCAGCAUUGCAGAUCAGGUAAAGGCUUUUUCUUCAGCUGCUGUGCGAUUUUUCUGGCCCAAUGUGGACAAGAAACUUGCUGAAGUCCCUAGGGAAAGAUGUAGCUGGUGCUUUUCUUGUAAGGCUUCUGUAACAAGCAAGAAAGCAUGCUUGCUAAAUGCUGCUGCUUCAAAUGCCACCAGAGGGGUGAUGAAGGUACUUGCUGGCAUUCGACCUGUAAAGAAUGGUCGGGACGAGAGACUUUCUGGCAUCGCAGCAUACAUUAUGUUUAUGGAGGAGAGCUUAAGUGGCCUACUUGUCGGUCCCUUCCUUAAUGACACUUUCAGAAAACAAUGGCGCAGACAACUUGAACAGGCCACCACUUGCUCUGAAAUAAAGAUCAUAUUGCUUGAACUUGAGGAGAAUAUGCGCUCCAUUGCCUUUUCUGGAGAUUGGAUGAAGCACGUCGAAGGUUUUUCUACUCAAUCUUCCACUUCUGAGAUUGCAACAGGAUCAACUCAGAAAUGUAGGCCAGGAAGGCGAGGCAAGAAACGACCUGAUAUGGUUGAAGUCGUAGCUGAUGGUUUCCUGAAUAAAUCAACUAAGUUCACCUGGUGGCGAGGAGGUAUAAUGUCAAAGUUUAUGUUCCAAAGAGGGAUUCUUCCAAGCUCGAUGAUAAAAAAACCAGCCCGUCAAGGUGGUAGAAAGAAGAUACCAGGUGUACGUUAUGUUGAAGGAAAUGAAAUCCCCAGCAUUAGCAGGCAGCUCGUCUGGCGUUCUGCAGUUGAAAUAUGUAGGACUGUGGCAGAUCUUGCACUUCAGGUGAGAUACCUUGAUUUACAUGUGAGAUGGGGUGAUCUUGGUCGUCCCGAGCAAAUGCCCGGUGAUGGGAAAAACUCGGAGGCAGAAUCAUCCGCUUUUAGAAAUGCUUUUGUUCAUGGUAAGAAGAUAGUGGAACAUGAAGUUAGAUACUGCGUUGCGUUUGGUAGUAGGAAACACCUGCCUUCGCGUGUCAUGAAAAAUAUAGCACAAACAGAGCAAAUCCUGGAAGGCGGGAAGGAAAGAUACUGGUUCUCUGAGACCUUCAUCCCCUUGUAUCUGAUUAGAGAAUAUGAACAAAAAGCCGAAAAAGCCAAUUCUGUGAACGUGUUGUCCAAACUGCAGAGAAGACAGUUGAAGGCUUCCCGUGAAAAAAUAUUCUCUGUUCUCUUUUCGGAGCAAGGUAACACAGUCAGGAAUUGUUGUUCGUGUCAUCAGGAUGUUUUCUAUAGGAAUGCUGCGAAGUGCCAUGCAUGUCAAGGAUUUUGUCAUCAGCAAUGUGCCACCACUUCAACAGUAAAUAAGAGCAAAGGGAAUGACUUUUUAGUUAUUAUUAUCUGCAAGCAAUGCUGUGAGACUCAGGCGGCUACUCAAGUUGAUAGUAGUAGUGGAUCUCCCACAAGUCCUUUGCUCCCUCGAGUACCAGACAUCCCUAAACCAGCUAUUUCUAAGGAUGUAAACUUAGUACCAGACGUCCCUAAACCAAAUAUUCCUAAGGAUGUAAACAUAGUAUGCCAUAAUGGAUCAUCGAUAAAUCGUUCUGCAGUUACAAAGAAAAAUGCAAGAUCAAAUUGGGGUCUCAUAUGGAGGAAGAAGUAUUCCGAAGACACUGGCUUCGACUUCAGAUCAAGAAACAUUCUUCUGAGUGGUAACAUGGAUAGGGAACUGAUGAAACCUGUUUGCCGUCUUUGUGAUCAGCCAUAUAAUAGUGGUGUAAUGUAUAUUCGCUGUGAACCAUGCAAAAAUUGGUUUCACGCUGAUGCUUUAGAGCUGGACGAGUCACAGAUUUUCUCUCUCGUGGGAUUCAAGUGCUGCAAAUGCCGGAGGAUCAAAUCUCCUGUAUGCCCUUACUCAAAUCUACAGAAAAGGAUUGCAUUGAAGGGCAAAAUAGAGCACCGACAACCUUCCAAGCUGAAGAUUCCUGCAAUGGCCUUUAACCGUGAUAUGAUCCUAGCGCAUCCUAAAGAAGUUCCAACUGCUUCCAGAUUACCCCGAAAGCCAGAAGCCAUCAGUGCAUCAGCAAAUAAUCCUCUUCUUGCUUCUCCUUAUAAAGCUGAUCCUGAGCCUAGAAAGUUGCCAGUCAGGAGGCAUGCUAAUCGAGAAAUAGAUGUCCAUUGUCCGGAAGGUGCCUAUCAGUUUGAAGCAUCUUCGCCUUUUGAAGAAAAUGCCGUUAACUCCACACAGGAGACUCCCAUGGUGAGAAGUACAAGGAAAGAGACCAAAUUAGCAACCAACUCUUUUAGGGAUGAAGUAACCAACCCUACAGAGGCAAAUCCUGCAAUCCCAGUGCAGGAUUCUUUACCCCGGCAUCAGUUUGCUUCUCAAGAUUUCUUUGAUCUUGAAUCCAACGUCGGCGUCCAUGUGGAUAGCAAAGGGCCCCCUUCAGUUCCUAGAAAUGGAACACCUGAAUCAUUCCAUGAUCAGGAUAAGCUGAUUGAGUCUGCAGAAACAUCUAACAAGAUAGUGCCUUGUAAGUUCUGCUCAAAACCCGAACCAUGCACGGAUCUUUCUUGCGAGAUUUGUGGUAUAACGAUUCAUAAAACUUGCUCGCCCUGGUAUGAAUCAUCCUCUAAUGAGAAUGGCUGGAGGUGUGGCAGUUGCCGCGACUGGAGCUAGCUCAGUACAUCUUUCUACACCAGUUUGGCUCUUGCAGCGACCGACCUAUACUCGUGGAUGAAACCGUCUGCUUGAUCAUAUUUGGGAGAAAUGACAAUGGAGAUGCAUAACGGCAACUGAAUUUUUCUACAAAAGUUGAUGGAUAAGCAGGGUUUUUGGGUGCUUAUCUGAAUAUUUUUGAACCGUGGAGAACAUUUUACAGGUGAUUAAUAUAAAGUGUAUAUUGUAGUUGCUCAUUUUUGUCAUCAAAAUAUACGUAUCAUUUUCUGCUUUUUAAAUGCCUCUAUUAUACACCAUGCAAAAGUAUCUUUUCAUUUGGAUUGAGAAUUGAGAAACCUCGCCGGUUGUAUUUUGUGUUUUAUCAUUAAUAAUCAUUGGUUUUUUAAUUUAUUGCACUA